AUGCCGAAAGUCGUUUCCAGGUCUGCGGUGUCAUCCUCGACGGAUGCACAGCCAACUGCUUCUUCGGCCGCCGCUCUUCGUGUUUAUUAUUGUAUAUGUGGGGAAUUCAUCCUUGUAAUUGACACCAAUUUGUCCGCUCUACCUCGCCGCCAGUCAGAUAAGUCAACGAUUAUCCGCUGUCGAGACAGUGGCUCUGCGACUGCUCGCGUGUUCAAGCUCAAUGCCACUCCAGUGGAUCCUGUUCUCAUUGAGAGAAACGGUGGUCACGAACGCCAGUAUAGGUUUCUCUGUCCUCGUUGUACAUUACCCAUUGGUUACCAGUCUACUCCUCCUCCUCCAAAAUCAGGUCCUUUCUUGUACAUCCUACCAGGUGCUCUGACUCAGAUGCAGGGUCAAUUACCACAAGGUGCUCUCGAUGAUGAUGAAUCGUAA